CGGACCUUAGCAGCAUCGCGUGCACCGCUAUCCGCUCGGAUAUACCCAUGUACGCUCGACUGUCUCCCGAUUUCGGACUUGUGAUCUGUGAAUUCUGCUCUGUUUGCUGUUAAUUUUAGACUCGCCAAGCGGAAGCUUGCCAGAGUUUUCCAAAAUAUCCCGCGGCCGCGUGUGUUUUCCUAUCGCUAAUAAUUUGCAAAUUACGUUCGGAAAAAUAAAAUAAGGGGUGAAAAUGUCGUGCCGCGAAAAUGUUGAUUAACCUCUGCUCGGUUGCGGUUCGGCUUGGUUAAUUAAUUAAUGACGGAAUCUCUCGGUGUCGCCGUUGUCGUCAGCACGCGCGCCUCCGGGCCUAAAUGCAAUUAAAUCAUUAAUAAAGGCAGACAAAUAUCAAACUAUAUAAUUCGCCAUACGCAGUCUACGGAGAAUCAGUUGAGAGCGCUGAAAAUGUGAAAAGUGAAUGAAACGCAUGUGAGUCUCGCAGCAAAGCCGGUCGAAAUUCAAUAAAAACCCAAUUAAGAUUUCAAUAAAUUAUUGAAAUUAAAAAUGUGAGCAGUGACAAUGUGAAUAUCCAAAACAGAGCGAAAGAAAGAGAGUCGCGAAGAACCGAACCGAGAAAAGUAGACAUUUUCCGAGAUUCUACAGCAAAAUGCAAGCCAAUUCGAGCACCACGACGACGACAACGACCACCAAGACCAAGAAGCUGAGCAGCGGAACGGGGGGAAACAUGAUCAGUUCAGUGGCGGUGACCAGUGCCAUAAAGACCACCACCACGACACGGAAACCAGCUGGAAGCUCUGGCGCCAGUCCUAAGUCCCCCAAGUCCCAGACUUCAGCAAGUGCCUCUUCGACCAGCGAUUCCAAUGCGGAGAUCGCCGAGCUGACCAAGAAGAUCAACGAGCAUGCGGAUGCCAUCUAUCACACGUGGAAGAGCCAGGGCGUCCCGCCCAAAGAGCUCCUGCAGAUGUACACGAAUGCCGCCGGCGCCGGGGAUCUAUCGGAUGUCACCUCGCCCACCGCCGAUGCCGAGGGUCUCCAGAAGAUGGUCACCAGCUUCGUGAACAAGGACAAGGAGCAGCGCGGCAAGACCAACAGCCUGAAGAAAUCCGCCGACAUCACCUCCAAUGGCAAGGUGAAAAAGUCCAGCUUCAGUCCUGUCCCGGAUCAGCCCCUGCAAUCGCCCAAAAAGGUGGCCGCCGCCUCCACCGCCUCCUCCUCCUCCGUCAGCAAACCAGCCCAGCCCGAUGUGAAUCUCAACUACGACAUCAGCCUGGAUCUGGAUGUGAACAAUCUGUCCUCGCAGCAAACCCAAAAUCUGCUCAUGAUCAAGGAGCUGCUGCAGCAGCAGCAGAAGGAGGCUUCACCCAGCACAGUGGGCAAAAAGCGUCAGAACAGCAAGGCCAGCACGACCACCAGCAACAUGAGCAAUUCGGCUGGCAGCAACAAGUUAACAGCCUCAGAGCAACCCACCAAAAAACAGAGCAAGGCCAGCAGUAGCAGCAGCAGGAACGGAUCCAUUGCUGUUAGCCUAGAUGUGGUCGAUGGGAGAAUGGGCAACACACUGGCAGUGAGUGAUAAGGGCGGCGAGCCAGCGGCCACAGCUCGCAAGUCGAGCAAAACCAAAGAAAAUAGCGGCGAUUCGAAGCCGGCAACCAAAGAAAAGCCCACGGGGGUGGCAACAGUAGUGCGCAAAUCAACAAGUCGCAUCGCCACUGAUAACGCCGCCGGCAACACAUCAGCAACAUCGACAGCAUCGGCAACACCAGCAGCAACAUCAGCAACAUCAGCCCCAUCGAUGGAUGCAACGCCAGCAACAUCGGCCAGCACAACGAUGCCAACGUUGAAUAAAGUCAAACCGACCAGCGGGGCGCGGGCGGCCCUCACCAAUGGCCAGGAUAAAAUGAAUCUCCUCACCCGCGGCUCCGUGGCCGAGCGCGUCCUCAUGUUCGAGAAGUGUCCGGAUGUGCGGCACGCCUUCCUCAACAUCAAGCGCCCCCAGACGGACCCUCCGCCCAAGAGCCUCAUCAAGGUCAAGCUGCACGCCACCCCGCCCCCGCCGUCGGAGCAGAAUCUGCUGCAGAAGGAGAUCCGAUCCACCAAGAGCGUCUACAUACCCAGAUUCUACUUUCCACACGGCAAGCCGCAGCCCAACAUCGCCAUGGAGCGGGUGGUACGGGGCAUCCUCUCCGCCUUCGACAGCUUUCCCAACAACCAGGUGACCAAGGACGAGCUGCCGCGCAUCCUCAAGCUCUGCGGGCUGCCCUUCUACUGGCGCAUGCCGGUGAUGGUCUUCUGCCAGUCGGCCAGCUCGGGUCUCGUCGAGCGCCAGCGGUUCGUCGAGUUCUGGAAACAAAUGAAUGUUUAUUGCCAUGAGGCGGCCUCGAGAUUCGUGUACAUUCUGUCGCGGGGCCAGAGAUUCCGUUCGUACAUCGUGCCCGAGGACCUGGUGCCAAUGGUGCAGGAUGUGGUGGACACACACCCCGGCCUGGCCUUUCUCAAGGAAGCCACCGAGUUCCAUUCCAGAUACGUGCACACAGUCAUCGCGCGCAUUUUCUAUUCGGUGAACCGCAGUUGGAGCGGCAAGAUCACAAUAGCCGAGCUAAAACGGUCCGACCUGCUGGAGAUGAUCAGUCUGCUGGAGGAGGAGGAGGAUAUCAAUCAGAUAAUGGCCUUCUUUAGCUACGAGCACUUCUAUGUGAUCUACUGCAAGUUCUGGGAACUGGACAAGGAUCACGACCUGCUGGUCAGCCAGGAGGAUCUCGCCAAGCACAGUGACCAUGCCCUGUCAUCUAGGAUUGUGGAGCGAAUCUUCUCGGGAUGUGUGACGCGCAGUGACAAUAAGAAGGCCCCGGAGGACGAGGCCAAAAUGUCCUACACGGACUUUGUGUGGUUUAUCCUUUCGGAGGAGGACAAACGGACGCCGACGGCCAUCGAGUACUGGUUCCGAUGUAUGGAUGUGGACGGAGAUGGCGUGCUGUCCAUGUACGAACUGGAAUACUUCUACGAGGAACAACAGCAGAGGAUGGAGGGAAUUGGAAUCGAGUGCCUGCCAUUUGAGGACUGUCUGUGCCAGAUGCUGGAUAUGAUCAAGCCGGCGAAUCGCGACUGCAUCACCCUGGGCGACUUGAAGCGUUGCAAAAUGACUCACGUCUUUUUCGAUACCUUCUUCAAUCUGGAGAAGUAUUUGGAUCACGAACAACGAGAUCCUUUUGCCUCGCAACGUGACGAAUAUACCUCCGAUUGGGAUCGCUUUGCGGCACAGGAAUACGAGCUGCUCAUAUCCGAGGAAAACGAUUGAGCGUCGCCAAAAGAUAUUUAUUAACUUACAAAUUUUUAUACAAAUUUAUACACUACGAAAUGAAAAUGAAACAGAAAAACAAACAAAAAGAAGGAACUACAAUUAGUCCAUAUGUGCAAUAAAUUCAAAUUAUUUAUUAUGAGUUCUGCAGAUUUAGUUGAAUUUUAAUGAUGAUUAAAAUAAAAUUAAUGAAAAAUAAAAAAGUAUAA